AUGGCUACGAAUUCAUCAGAUAACAGUCUACUUCACCUUAAUGAAGUGACUGUAGCCAUGGUGCCAUGGCCUGAACAUGGCCAUCUCAACUUACUCUUCUAUCUCGCACGAAUCAUCGCCUCCCACAACAUUCCUGUACACUUCCUCUGCCUCACUGCUAGGAACCAAGAUUUAAGAAAACGCCUCCAAGGUGGUCUCAAAGCAUCUCUUGAAAACCUUGGAGAUUCAAACAUCCAUUUCAAUGACCUCUUAGUACAUUCAUCUCCUACAGAAGCAAAAGAUGAUUUCUUGGAAAGACUAGGUGAUCAUUUGCACUUGAUGUCCAACUUCAAGUGUUAUGCUUUCCACCCCACUUCAGCUUUCACCAGGUACUCUACACUUCGACAAACUAUUCAUAUACUUGAUGAAGAUCACGACGAAAUGAUUAAGCAACUUGGGGAUGAGUUUCCAACUGCAGAGAGUACUUUUGGUCCAAAUAUGGCUGAGUUUGUUGAGGAGGAACUAAUAUGGAAGCACAACUCUGGAGAUAUCAUUAACUCCUGCAGAGAAUUGGAAGGUAAGUUUAUAGAUUCACUUGCUAAGGUAAAAGAGAAUACACCUUUGUGGGCUUUUGGACCAUUUAACAUGCUGCCUGAAUCACUAGACUCGCUUUCUAUUUCUUCAUCUGGCAACAAAAGUACUCGUCACAACUGUCUCAAAUUUCUUGACAAGCAAGAUGUUAACUCAGUAAUAUUUGUGUCGUUUGGAACAACCACUACAUUAUCACAAGAGCAAGUGAAGGAGUUAGCACUUGGUUUAGAACAAAGCAACCAUAAGUUCAUAUGGGUAAUAAGGGAAGCAGACAAAAGGGUAGACAUGGAGAAUGGUGAAGAAAGACAUGAGAAGAUUGUGUUGCCAGAAGGGUUUGAAGAAAGAGUGGAAGGAAGAGGAAUGGUGGUGAGAAGUUGGGCACCACAGUUGGAAAUCUUGGGGCAUCCGUCUACAGGCGGUUUUUUGAGCCAUUGUGGAUGGAAUUCUUCAAUGGAAAGUAUAAGUAUGGGAGUUCCAAUGGCAGCUAUGCCUAUGACUGUUGAUCAGCCAUAUCACACUCUGUUGGUAUCAAACGUUUGGAAGAUCGGAGUCUCUGUGUGGAGUUGGGCACGUCGGAAGGAAAUAGUACCAGCAGUGGCUAUUGAGAAAGCUGUCAAGACUUUGAUGGGGACGCCGGAAGGGGAAGAGAUGAGGCAGAGGUUGGUGGAGUUGAGAGAUAAUAUCAAGAAGUCUGUUAGUCAUGGAGGACUUGCAUACAAGGAGAUGGAAUCUUUCAUCUCUUAUAUUACCAAGAACUGA